AUGAAAUUCUCCAUCUUCCUCGUCGCUGCCAUCGCCAUUCUUGGUGUCGUCACAGCUACCGACCAGCCUGCCGUGACAACACCAGCCGAAGCUCUCAAGAAGAUUCAGGCGUCCGCCUUACCCGAUGGCGAUGAUGACGAUGAUGAAAAGGAGCAAUUCGGCUGGGGUUUAGGAGGUCUUGGUGGAUGGGGCCUCGGCGGCUGGGGCAGUUGGGGAGGCUGGGGAGGAUAUGGACCCUAUCGCUUCGGCUUUUUGCGAGGUGGCCUCCUUGGCUGGGCCUAUCCGUUGGGCUACUGGAACACGUUUGGUGCGGGUUUGUACGGUGGCGGGUGCGGUCUGGGUGUGCCCUUUGGUGGUCUCUACUACUGCUAA